AUGAGAAUCGAGACAUGCUACUUUUGCAGUCGCCCUGCCUACCCCAGUAAGGGCAUCACCUUCGUCCGCAAUGACUCCAAGGUGUUCCGCUUCUGCCGCAGCAAGUGCCACAAGAACUUCAAGAUGAAGCGCAACCCCCGCAAGCUCAAGUGGACAAAGGCCUACCGCGCCUCGGCGCACAAGGAGAUGACGGUCGACAGCACCCUCCAGUUCGGCGCGCGGCGCAACGUCCCCGUCCGCUACGACCGCGACCUCGUCGCCAAGACGCUCAAGGCCAUGGAGCGCGUCUCCGAGAUCCGCUCCCGCCGCGAGCGCGUCUUCUACAAGAAGCGCAUGCAAGGCAAGCGCGAGCGCGAGAUCGCCGCCGCGCGCAAGCUCGUCGCCGAGAACGAGCACCUGCUGCCCCGCAUGCGCGGCUCCGAGAAGAAGAGGCUCGCCGCCGAGGGCGCCACCGAGGAGGAGAUUGCCGCGCUCGAGGCCGAGGGACGCCUGGCCAAGAGCAAGGCCGGCAAGGUGUUCGGUCGCGAGAAGAUUCGCCAGCGGGUCACUGUCGACGGCGACGUUGUCGAGGAGCGCGAGGGCGGCGUCAUGCAGGAGGACGACGGCGAGUGGGACGACGAGGAUGCGGAGGAGGACGACGAUGACGAGGAUGGCGAUGUCGAUAUGGAGGAUUGA